AUGGCAAAUUCAAGUAAUAUUGACCUUAUUAACGCUGCUUUUUCGGCCGUAAUGGGAACCCACAAGUUUAUAUCUGAAAAAGAAUUUCAAGAUAGACAAGCCCGUGGUGAAACUAAUGACGCAAUAUAUAAUCAGGUUGACUUGAACUCGUUUCAUCAAGUCAAUCUUGUUGGCAAUGAUCCAACUAUUGUCAGUAACUUGGGCACUGAUUUUAACCGUCGGUGCACAUUUGAUCAAUCUGACUCUUAUCUAGGACAAAUUUAUGUUAAGACGCUCACUGGUAAAACCAUAACACUAGUAUGUAAAAGAAAUGAUACUAUUGAAGCCAUUAAGUUGAAAAUUCAAGAUAAAGAAGGCAUUCCACCGGAUCAGCAGAGAUUAAUUUUUGCUGGAAAGCAAUUAGAGGAUUUCAAACCGAUUUCCGACUACAAUAUUAAAGAAAAUAGUGAACUUCACCUGAUUUUACGUCUAAGUGGAGGUGGGUGUAUAAUUAGUUACUUAAGUGUGAGUGUUUUGGACCCGCGAUAUGACUACGAUUUUACAAAUAUUAAUGAUAUGGAAGCGACAUUUAUGCGGGGAGAUGUACUAUAUAAAAGACCAUGUGGAUGGAAGCGUAUCGCUUUAAAGGUUACUGAAAAGUAUGAUAACGGUAAUGAUAAAUGGCUUGGUACUGAUAAAAAUGCUUGGCCAGUAUCGUAUCAUGGUACUGCUGAACAUAAUGCAAAAUCAAUUGCUGAAGAAGGCUAUGAUUUAAGCAAAGGAACUAGAUUUCUUUAUGGACGUGGCAUUUAUUCAACACCUGAUGUGCAUAUAGCUGAACAAUAUGCGACAGAAUUCGAGUUUGAAGGAAAUAUAUAUGUGAUGAUAUUUCAGAAUAGAGUAAAUCCUGCUAGUUUAAGAAGAAUUCCUGUUGGAAAUGGCGAGUAUUGGGUUUCUGAAAAAGGUGAAGAUGUCAGACCAUAUGGAAUUUGUAUUAAAAAGAAAUGA